AUGACUCCUUAUUAUCUUGGUAUCGACGUAGGUACAGGCUCAGCCAGAGCUGCAAUCAUAGAUUCUUCAGGAACUAUCUGUGGUCUUGCUAUUAACGACAUCCAAUUAUGGAAUCCUCGCGCUAACUAUUAUGAGCAAUCAAGUGAAGAUAUUUGGUCGUCUGUCUGUCUAGCUGCCAAAGCAGCAAUGGCGCAGUCAGGACUUAAGCCAGCAAACAUCAAAGGGGUUGGAUUUGAUGGAACUUGUUCGUUAGUAGUGCUGGAUAGAUCAGGGAAACCAAUUUCCAUUGAUCCCGAAAGUAGUGAUGGCGAAAAUCAUAGAAAUAUUAUACUUUGGGCAGAUCAUAGAGCGGGAAAGCAGGCCGAUAAGAUUAAUGCUACUGAUCAUGAAGUUUUAAAAUAUGUAGGGGGUAAAGUUAGUGUUGAAAUGGAACUUCCUAAAAUUUUAUGGAUAAAGGAAAAUUUACAGGAAAGAUGGAACAAGAUUGGGUCUUUUUUUGAUUUGCCAGAUUUUUUAACGUAUCGUGCAACUGGAAAUGCAUCCCGUUCAAUAUGUUCAUUAGCAUGCAAGUGUGGAUAUGUUCCGCCAGAUACUUCUGUAUCACCCCAACAAGGUUGGCAUGAUGACUUCUUCCAGUCAAUUGGACUCGCGGAAUUCAUUAAUGAAAACUAUUCCCGCAUGAGCACUUCUCAAAUAUUCUCUGCUGGCCAGAAGGUUGCAGGGCUGAGUCAGUACGCAGCUAAUGAACUUGGACUACUUGAAGGUACUCCAGUCAGCUCAGGUUUGAUUGACGCUUAUGCUGGGAUAGUCGGGACAUUAGCGGCAAAGAUACCGGGAGAAUGUGGUAAUAUUCUUAUGGAACAAAGACUAGCUGUGAUUGCCGGUACAUCAUCUUGUCACAUUCUCAUGAUAAAUAGACCGCUUUUUGUUGAUGGAGUCUGGGGUCCAUAUAGAGACGCUUUGCUAAGAGGUCAUUGGUUAAAUGAAGGUGGACAGUCUGCUACUGGAAAGCUAAUAGAUUGGAUUAUUGAUACACAUCCAUUUAGCAUUCAAGCCAAAACGUUGGCUGAUGAGAAAGGAAUUUCUAUUUACGAUCUGUUAAAUGAACACAUAAAUACUUUACAGAAACGGCAGAACUUACCAUUCUCAUCAAAACUCACCAAAGAUCUUCAUGUAUAUCCUGAUUUCCAUGGAAAUCGUAGUCCAUUGUCAGAUCCAACUUUAUGUGGAGCAAUAGUUGGAUUGACACUUGAUGUCUCUCUUGAUGCACUUGCAUUACUCUAUUAUUCUACAUUGCAAUCUAUUGGGUACGGAACGCGUCAUAUUAUUGAAGCUAUGAAUAACUCGGGACAUAAUAUUAAAUAUUUGUACAUGUCUGGAGGAUUAUGCAAAAAUGAGCUUUUUGUAAAGACAAUGGCUGAUGCUACUAAGUGUCCAGUUGUUCUGCCAAAGUAUGUUGAGGCUAGUGUUGUAAUUGGGGCUGCGAUAUGUGGAGCUAGUGCAAGUGAAGCAAUGCCAAUAGAUGGAGACAAACGUACGACAUUGUGGGAUUUUAUGGAAAGAAUGAAUGGGACUGGGCAGAUAGUGGCUACUACUGCUAUAAGUGAUGAAAUUGAAUAUAAUGAGAGAAAGUACAUGGUAUAUUUAAAUAUGUGGAAGGAUCAGAUACAUUAUCGUCAUAUAAUAGAAGGGAAAAACUGA